AAAAAUAGAAACUGGGGACCUCUCUCCACUAUAAAUUAAAGAGGAUGAUCAUCCAUGCUAAAACCAUCUCUUGCUGUCUUCUUCAGUUGCUCAUUCUUUACCCGUAAAGAAUUUGAAAAAAGCUUCUCAAUGAAAGGAAACAUGAAGGUGUGGCUUCUCUUGGCAACAUGGUUUUACUGCUGGACUGUUGCGUUUGGAUCUCGAUCCGACAGGAUUUUCCCCAUAACAGCAAAUGGUAAUGACAAACUUGGCUACCCAAUGGUGAGCUUGGCCACUGACACCGUCGACGAGGAUGUCUAUUCUGCUUUUCUAAACAACUUACGAAAGCAAUUGGAAAGUGGAACAACAAGCUAUUCGAUACCAGUGCUGCGUGCCCAAGUGGCUCCUAGCAGCGACCAACGGUUUGUUUUGGUUAAGCUUUUUAAUCCAGAACGCUCUACAACAAUGGCAAUAGAUGUCAUCAAUGCAUAUUUGGUUGGCUUUAAAGUGGACGAAACUAAUUCUUAUUACUUUAACGAUAUUGUGAACGAUGUAUAUGAUGCUAAUCCUCUGAAAACAACAAAGAAAACCAAGCUCCCAUUCGGAGGUAGCUAUCCUGCUCUAGAAAAUUCAGGAGCAUUUAGAGAGCAAGUACCGUUGGGAAUUACACAAUUAAAUGAUGCUGUCUUCACAUUGUACAAAUAUGCUACCAGUGCUGCCACGGCAAAUCAAGCUGCUCGGUCUCUUCUAGUUGCUGUCCAAAUGGUCUCAGAGGCUGCGCGAUUCAAGUACAUUGAGCAAGUAUUGGUGGAUAAUUUCUUUUAUCUUGAUACUGAAAGAGGGGACUUAGUCAGUCUUGAGAACAAUUGGAAAGACCUCUCCGAUGCAAUCCAGAAAUCUAGAAGUGGAACUUUUCCCAGAAUAGGAUUGCAAGAUGAAAACUACCAGACCUAUUAUGUGACUACAGUUGCAGAGGUAAGACCCAAGAUGGGACUCUUGUUGUACUACAAACCAACAGUGUUUUCCCCAUACGUUGAAGAACUCAUCAAAAAGUUCUUGCCAAUGCAUUAAUUACUUUGUGUAAACUCUGCGGCAUAUCUACAAAUUAAAAGUGGUCAUCUCUCCCAAUUGUAUGAACCAUAAAGAUCAAUGUACGCAGCUCAAUAAGAAUAAUCUUGUGAACCAUAAUUA